AUGCGCGCAGCAGACACUUGGUAAAAUCUGUGUGUUUUGCAUGCAGAAAUAUGGCUACAAAAAGUGACGCGAGUGUUAUAAAACAGGGCCAAAAUGUCAUUCUGAAGAAAGGGAAGAAUCUCAGACUUUAUCAAGUAUGGAAGAAAAGGAAGGUGCAAUUAGAUAAAAAACACUUUUGUCUUGAUGAUGCAAUUGGUAAGCCAUAUGGGACUACAUGGGAGCCGAGUGGUAAAGGUUUACAGCAAAUAACACCAGACUGUGAACCAGAGGAAGGAGAUGGGCAAGCAGGAGGAGCGGACAAUCGUUCUAUUAAUGACGACAGACAUUCACAGAAACUAAAAGAUGAAGAUAUUAAGGAGCUGAGAAGUCAAGGCAAGACUGGAGAGGUGAUUAUUGAACAGCUUGUUCAGAAUAGCAAAAGCUUCAAGGAUAAAACGGUUUAUUCUCAAUCCAAAUAUCUGAAGAGGAAAAGAGAAAAGCAUCUGAUGCAGUUUCAGAUCCUAAGACCAAAUACAAUGCUGCUUUGUGAGAUGUACGGAGCAAGAGCUCCUUCUAAAAAUAUCCAUUUACGGAUUGACACUUUGGCUCAGAUCCUUACAGCAGCUAACAUCCAGAGUGGCAUCAAUGUCAUGAUGAUGGAGACAUGUCAAGGGUUACUUCUAGGAGCUAUCAUGGAAAGAAUGGCUGGCCAAGGUAUCGUUGUACAAAUACACUCAGAGAAUGCUCCAGUCAUGCUUGCUGUGGAUGCUUAUAACUUCCCAAACAGCUACAAAGACACUCUGUAUUCAUUUCCAUUGGAUCAACUCCAUCUUCUGGAUGCGGAGGAGUUACUUAAAGACAGUCCUGAGGAAUCUCAGAAUGUAGCCGAGUCACAAAACACUAAUGCUCAACAGGAGAAAACAACGGUCAAUGCUAUUGGUCAGGACCAAGUAACAGUUGAUUCUAUUGGUCAGGACCAAGUAACGGUCGAUGGUGACCAUCUUCAAAUGAAAUCCCAACACUCAGAAUUCUUAAGAGAUGAGACUUCAAGAUUAGUAACAAACGAUGUACAUAUUGGAAUGGAAGAAACGACAGAGCAAUUAUCUAGAGGUGAUGAGGAAGUACUUAUGGCUGCUUGUGACACUACUGGGGAUCCAUCCAGUAAUUCUAAAGACAUGGAGUGUUCAUCACAAACUGAUGGGAAACAAGGACUCAAAAGAAAAUGUGCAGUGAAUCCAGAGAAGUUGGCUAGGAAACAACGAAGAAAAGAAAAACAAAUUCGAGUUGGUACUCUUCUUCACUCUACUAUGAUGGAUACGUUGGUACUAGCAUGUAGAUUUCAACCCCUUCCUAUCUUCAAGGCAUUAUAUAAAUACUUGGCGCCAUCGAGGCCAUUCGUUGUGUACUGUCAUUACAUUGAGCCUCUGAUGGAAUGUAAUGAGUGGUUGAGGAACUCUGGAGAUGCAGUGGCAGUCAACAUUAGAGUUACAGAAACAUGGUUCAGAGAGUAUCAGGUACUACCAGAGCGUACACAUCCCCAUGUCAACAUGAGCGGUACCGGUGGAUAUAUACUAACUGGAAUCAAAGUGUGUGAUGAAGCACAAGAAUAAUGGAUCCAAACAUGUAUUAAUUGAUUUCCUUAUACUGAGGACUGUACCAGUAAACUGAUUAUGCUUUCCAUGGGAUCAGGUUUACAACCAUAAUCAGAGUCCAACAGUUUGGGUGUUGAGUUACUGAAUGGUGUCGGACUGAGGACUGCACUAGUAA